AUGCGGCCCCAGCGGGAAUAUCAUAUCGUCGUUUUAGGCGCUGGAGGUGUGGGAAAGAGCUGUCUUACCGCUCAAUUUGUGCAGAAUGUCUGGAUCGAGAGCUACGACCCGACAAUUGAGGAUUCCUAUCGGAAGCAGAUCGAGGUGGAUGGCCGGCAAUGCAUUCUGGAAAUUUUGGACACUGCAGGCACAGAACAGUUCACCGCCAUGAGAGAGUUGUACAUGAAACAAGGCCAAGGGUUCCUGCUCGUAUUCUCGAUUACGAGCAUGUCCUCACUGAACGAACUAUCCGAGCUACGCGAGCAGAUCAUCCGCAUCAAGGAGGAUGAAAAAGUCCCCAUCGUCAUUGUGGGCAACAAGUCCGACUUGGAAGAGGACCGCGCCGUGCAGCGUGCUCGCGCCUUCGCCCUGUCCCAGAGCUGGGGCAAUGCUCCCUACUACGAAACCUCGGCCCGUCGAAGGGCGAACGUCAACGAGGUCUUCAUUGAUCUCUGCCGACAGAUCAUCCGAAAGGACCUGCAAGGCAACUCGAAGAGCUCCGACUCGGAUCGCAAACGGGAAGGCGGCAAAGGACAGGACCGACGCAAGGAUAAGAAGCGCCAGAACCGGCGCAAGGGCCCCUGCGUGAUCCUAUAA